GUUUAUUUCCUCUAAAUGGCGCAUGAGCAUUUCGACGGCCACAUGGUUAUGUUGAAUACGUGAAUUUCUGUCAUGUAAAAAACUUUAUUUAACAUAUUUACACCUUUUCAUUGUUAAUCUAGUAAUAUAAUUUAGUGUUUCUAAUUGGCUUGACUCAUUCCAAACUUUAACAUGGGUAGAAAAGCAAAAUUCACUGCAACUGAAGAAACCCGCAGAGGAAAGGGCAGGAAAGCCAAACGACAAAAAGAGCCUGAUAUUAGAAUUGUUGAAUCUGGUAAAGUAGAAAAACUUGGCAGAAGAGCAAAGCAGAGGGCAGCCAAACGGAAAGUUAAAGAAUUGGUGAAGCGUGAAAAGAAAGCCAUCAAACAAAAAUUGUCAAAGGAAAAGAAAGCGGAAGGUAAAUUAUUGCAAAAUGGCAACUUGUCUCCCGAUGAGAAAGAAACAACCCCUAAACGUCAGCAACUGUUUGAGGACAGUGAUGAAGAUGAAUUCUCUCAAGAUGAGGCAAGCGGUUCAUUGCAAGGCGAGGAAUCGUUUGAUGAGGAAGAUGAUGAGGUUGAUGAUGAUGAUGAUGAUGAAGGAGAAGAAGAUGUUGAUGAUUAUGAAGAUGAUGAUCAGUGCAAGGUUGGGACGUUAGAUGACCUGGCUGUCAAUGGAGACGAGUCGGAUGCUGAGGAAGAGGAAGAGGGAGAUGAUGAGAUGGAGAGCUACGAUGAGGAAGACGAGGAUGACGAUAGUGAAGACGAAGAGGAUGAACUGCCAGUGGAAAGACAAGCAAAACGGCUGAAGAAGGAACAGGAAUUAGAAGCAAAAUUAGCGAAGGAGGAGGAACAAAUGCAGAUAAACGUGGUCAGCAAAGACGUGUUUGUUUUUCCAUCUGAAACCGAGAUUGAACAGCCAACAGCAAUAGCCGACGUCGAACAGCGAAUCAGAGAUGUGCUCAUGGUACUCAUGAAUUUCAAACAGUACCGUGAUCCCGAAAAACCGCGCAAAGAAUACAUUUCUCUGCUGAAGAAAGACCUGUGCACCUACUUCAGCUACAACGAGUUCCUGGUAGAGCAGUUUGUGCAUCUGUUUCCCCUCACCGAGCUGAUGGACUUCCUGGAGGCCAGCGAGACCCAGCGACCCCUUACCAUCAGGACCAACACUCUCAAGACCAGGAAACGCGAUCUGGCUCAGGCGCUAAUCAGUAGAGGAGCGAAUGUUGAGUCGGUGGGCAAAUGGUCAACUGUUGGACUGGUUGUGUACGAGUCUCCUGUGCCUAUUGGUGCAACCCCUGAAUAUUUGGCGGGACACUAUCUUCUACAGGGUGCAUCUAGUAUGUUACCAGUAAUGGCAUUGGCUCCCCAAGAGAAUGAGAGGAUAUUAGAUAUGUGUGCUGCUCCUGGUGGAAAAGCAUCUCAUAUUGCUGCCGUCAUGAAGAAUACAGGAACUCUUUUCGCCAAUGAUUCGAAUAAAGAGAGAGCCAGGGCAAUCGUCGGCAAUUUCCAUAGACUGGGAGUUAUCAAUUCCGUUGUUUGCUCUUAUGAUGGAAGAAAGUUCUCAAAGGUUCUGAAGGGAUUCGACCGAGUGCUGUUGGACGCACCCUGCUCGGGUACAGGUGUGAUCUCGAAGGACCCCUCGGUGAAGACCAACAAGGACAAGCAGGAUAUCCAGCGCUGCUACAACCUGCAGAGGCAGUUGCUGCUCGAGGCCAUUGACUGUGUCAACGCCAAGUCACCCACUGGCGGCUACAUUGUGUACUCCACCUGUUCUGUGCUGCCGGAGGAGAAUGAGUGGGUCGUGGACUAUGCUCUGAAGAAUCGAGAUGUGAAACUGGUCGACACGGGACUAGAUUUUGGCAAUGAGGGAUUCUCAAGUUUCCGAAAUUUAAGGUUCCAUCCAUCCCUGAAACUGGCCAAACGCUACUAUCCACACACGCACAAUAUGGACGGAUUUUUCGUAGCAAAACUGAAAAAGUUCUCAAACAUCAUUCCAAACCAAACGAAAAAUCCAGAACAUGACGACAGCGAUUGGCUGCAGGAUAAGAAUAGUGAUGAAGAAGAUGAUGAUGAGGAGGAAGAGGAGGAGGAGGAGGAAGAUGAGGAACAGGUGACGACGAUUGAGGAGAAGCAAGUAAAGAAGGAGGGAAUGAAACAGAAGACUGGUAAAAAAGGAGUACAGGUGACAACACAAAAUGAGAAGAAGCAGAAGAGUCAAGUUGGGAAAUUUGAGAACAAAGGUUUGAAGAAGGGAAAAUUUGAGAAGAAAAGUAUGAAGGGACAAGAUGAAAACAAGAGUGGAAAGAAGGGAAAAGUUGAAAACAAAAGUUUGAAGGGAGUUGAAAACAAAAGUUUGAAGGGUAAAGUUGAAAACAAAAGUUUGAAGGGAGUUGAAAACAAAAGUUUGAAGGGUAAAGUAGAAAAUAAGGGUUUGAAGGGUGUUGAAAACAAAAGUUUGAAGGCAGUUGAAAACAAGAAAUUCAAGAAAGGAAAAGUUGAAAACAACGAUGAGAAGAAGGCAAAAAUAGAAAAUGUUGAAAACAAAAGUUUGAAGAAAAAGAAAAUCAAACUUAAACAUAAAAACGUGAAUGGAACAGUUGAUGCAAAGAACGAUGAGAAACAGAAAAGUGGAAGUGUUGAAAGAGAUGGAAACAUUAAAGCUAAGAAAAGUGCGUUGAAACGUAAAAGUAGCAGUUUAGUAGAAAAUGUAGUUGUUAAAGAUCAGAGUAAACUGGAAAAUGGUAUUAAAGGUGUCAAGAAGCAAUCUAAAAACGCUAAGAGAAAACGAAAGCAGAAGAAUUUGAAAAGGUUGAAUAGCAAAAAUGACCAAUAAAGUUGGUUUUGUUGUA